GAGAAAAAUAGUGCAGGAGGUGACGCCGAGAGAAGGAACAGAGAGAAGCGCAGGGAGGGAGAAGGCGAAGCGAGAGAGGUGUCUGCACGCCGCGUCUCCAUUGAAACAUUUUUGGAAGGAAGAUCUGAAUGGUAGCCUCACCCUGCGCCCGGAAGCGUAGAGAAACUGUAACCAAGGCUGGCUUUGAUUUUUCUGGCAAUAACACAGAGGUGGGAGGCAGAAAGAGGGGGAAAAAGAGGAGAAAAAAAAGAGGGGGGAAAGAAAGGCAGCUCUCAGGGGGACUAUCUCUGCUCCAUUCCAUCCGAAAGACUCAUCCCUCUUCCAUCAUCAGCAUGAUCAUAAAGCUUUAAGUCACUAACGCGGCGAUCUCAGCGCGAAAUCUGACUCUAAUCGGCUGGAGCCCCAAAACAGAAGGUGAAUGCCUCUGCCAGAGACUGGACACCUCUCUGACACCGUGAGACACAGCGAGAAAACUACACUCUGAUUGAUCUGUAAAGCUCGAUGUGCCUGCUUUGGCACGCACUCGAAACCGACCCGAACCAAACUCCUCAGACUCCUCCCUCCUCCUCCUCCUCCCUUCGGUUUCUCUCAUCCUCUCCCUCCCCCCCGGUCCUCUAUGCUCAGUUCGGUGUGUGUAUCCUCUUUCAAAGGGCGCAAGGGUGGGAACAAGUCGUCCAACAAAGCAUGUUACAGCGCAGACAUGACUUGUCCUUCGGAAAGCGAGAAGAUCGUGAUAAACUGCGGGGGGGUGCGGCAUGAGACUUACCGGAGCACCCUAAAAACGCUGCCUGGUACCCGCUUGUCGUGGCUCACCGAGCCGGACGCCUUCAGCAACUUCGACUACGACCCCAAAUUAGACGAGUUCUUCUUUGACCGCCACCCGUCAGUCUUCUCCUUCAUCCUCAACUAUUACCGCACCGGGAAGUUGCACUGUCCCAACGAUGUGUGCGGUCCGCUGUUCGAGGAGGAGCUGGCCUUCUGGGGCAUCGACGAGACGGACGUGGAGGCGUGUUGCUGGAUGAACUACCGGCAGCACCGGGACGCAGAGGAGGCGCUGGACAGCUUCGAGACCCCGGAGCCGGACGCGCCGGACGACGACCCCGCGCUCGGAGGUGCGGAUGGGGACUUGAAGAGACUGUGCAUGCAGGAGGACGCCAGGAGGGCAGGCUGGUGGAAAACUUGGCAGCCGAAAAUCUGGGCGCUCUUCGAAGACCCCUAUUCAUCCAAAUAUGCCCGGUACGUGGCAUUUGGCUCCCUAUUCUUUAUCCUCAUCUCCAUCUCCACUUUCUGCAUGGAGACACAUGAGGCCUUCAACACCAUCAUCAACAAGACAGAGAAUGUGACGAUGGGCAACUUCACGCGUGAGGAGAUAGUGUACGAAGUAGUGACUGACAGCUGGUUGACCUAUGUGGAAGGUGUCUGUGUCAUUUGGUUCACAAUUGAGGUUCUUCUGAGAGUCAUCUUCUGCCCCGACAAGUUUGAGUUCUUCAAAAGUUCCCUUAACAUUAUUGACUUUGUGGCCAUCCUUCCCUUCUACCUUGAGGUGGGCUUAAGCGGCCUCUCCUCCAAAGCUGCCAAGGAUGUUCUGGGAUUCCUCCGUGUUGUCCGUUUCGUCCGUAUCCUUCGAAUCUUCAAACUGACCCGCCACUUUGUGGGUCUCCGUGUCCUCGGCCAUACGCUCCGAGCCAGCACCAACGAAUUUUUGCUGCUGAUCAUCUUCUUAGCCCUUGGUGUCCUCAUCUUUGCAACCAUGAUCUACUAUGCUGAAAGAAUCGGUGCAGACCCAGAUGACCCCACUGCAAGUGCCCACACCAACUUCAAGAAUAUCCCCAUUGGAUUUUGGUGGGCGGUCGUGACCAUGACCACGCUGGGUUAUGGAGAUAUGUACCCAGAGACUUGGUCAGGGAUGUUGGUGGGUGCUCUUUGUGCCUUGGCUGGUGUGCUGACCAUUGCUAUGCCCGUACCAGUUAUUGUCAACAACUUCGGCAUGUACUACUCGUUGGCCAUGGCCAAACAAAAGCUGCCUAAAAAGAAGAACAAACAUAUUCCAAGAGCACCUCAGCCAGGGUCUCCCAACUACUGCAAACCAGAUGCCCUGGCAAUGGCUACAGCAUCUCCACAAAGGCUCUUGGGAAAUGUCUUGGGUGGAGUGAUGGGAUCUGGAGGAAUAGGUGGUGACUGUCCUUUGGCCCAAGAAGAAAUUAUAGAGAUAAACAGAGAUUCCAAACAGAAUGGUGACGCAGCUUCGGCUGCUUUGGCCAACGAAGACUGUCCCACCAUAGACCAGGUGCUGAGCCCAGACGAGAGGAGCCCGAUUGGUCGAGGGCCGACCCGGGAAAGAUACCAGCAGGACCGCGCCUGCUUCCUGCUCAACACCAGGGAAUUCCGAGCCACAGAUGGAAAUGUCCGGAAAGAGGCAGCAGCCCUGGCUCCCAGCCCAGACUCCCCUCUGACUGAGGAUUGGUAUAAGAUGGAGGGGUCUCUGCUACAGCAGGACCUCAAUGCAAACUCCACCUCCUCCUGGAUCAAACCCUAGAACAGAGGUAACAACAUUUAAAAACUGAUACUGAUGAGACAGAGGCCGAAUUGCAGUAUACUUUGUAUUGAUCAUGUCCAAAGAUUGAACCAAGGAACUCCAUGAUGUAGCCUGUUAUGAAUUGCACAAACACAACAUUGGACGAGUUGCAGGUUCACACACUCGGUACCACAAACACAUCACCAUUUCUCAUAGUGUCAUGUCCACACUCUCAUGUUUUCUCUGUGCCUUGGGUGCACUUUUGGUUCCAAUGAUGCAAACUGUUGAGCUGAGCCGAGGUCGCACUCGUCACCACACCAAAUUUAUCAGCUGUUUACGGCUCAAUAUGAAAUCACGGCGCACGCAACCACACCUCAGCCCAAUAUGUUUCACUCAGACAUGUAAAACAACGGCGUACAUUCGACAUGUGGUUCAAGAAAUGGGUCAGACUUCUGUCUGUAACAGCUCUAGGGACAUUUGUGUUUAUCUCACUGUAAGACUGUACACUGCCUAAUGGGACGUGCAAACCUCAAUAAGUACCACAGUGUGUCCAAAUCCAAUAAAAGUUACACUGCAGAAGAUUGAAGGAAAACAGCAGUUCACAUUGUUGUCUGAUGUGCCUCUGUGUUGUUGUUGUUGUCUCUCUCUUCAGGUUGUGUCAUAUCACGCGUGUGUAUGUGGGCUUUUUCAUUCUUACAUGUGUCUCUGUCCUCUCAAAGCCGUCUGAGUGUUGUGUUUGUGCUGUUGUGCGUGGCUUAGUUGAGCUUUUUCUUUUCCUUUCACCAUGUUUACUGGUGAGGCUCCGUCCCCCACAGACCUUCGCCUUGGAAAAUAAGAGCGCACUGCAACUUUGCAAUAAAAUACUCUACUUUUCUGGUGCGAUGUGUACAUGCGCGCCGGAAGUCGUCUGCUCCACUAUUUUAUCACAUUUCAAUGGCUCCAAAUGCAGAUACAACGUGAAUAGUUUCUCCCACGCAGUGUUCUCCAGAGGCGGUUUUCCAAUGCACUAGUUCUCUGGGGUGGUCGGAGCCGUCAGUGGUCGAGGAAUAGUACCUCAUGAAACAUGCUACGCUCGCAACAGAAAAACCACUCCCGAUGUAUUUCCUCAGCUUUGUGCACAGAGCUUCUUCAACUCCAUAUUCUGUGUUGUGAGCGUUCAAUGGGUCUGAAAUACUAUUCUCUUGACAGUGUUUCCGUGCUUCCAGAGCCUAGCAUAGUCUAAAGUUCAGGAGCUUUUUUUUUUUGUAUCCUUAUCAAAUUUGUUAAAAGCGACACCUGGCUAGAGGCAGACAGUGAUAACAGAUGCACAACAAGGUGUGGAAAGGUAAGCAAGCCUUCAACCGUCCAAGGCCGCCACUUUAGGUCCUCAACUUGAUUGAGAUUUAUGAUUUCGUUUCCACCUAUUGUAGUGCUUUGAAAUCCCUCUUUAAAGCAAAUCAGGUUUGUUCCGAUCGUCUGGAUGCUGCCACCUGUGCAAAGAGAAACAUUUUUCAACGGCAAUAUCUAUAUUAUUCACUAUGUGCCACUUGCAAAGCAGCCCAGCACACAGUCAAGUCAUUCAAAGAACUUCCAUGAUGGAGGAAUGGAGUUGAGCAGGGCGCUGACUGCAAGGGACACACGUCAGACCAGGCACUCGUCGUAACGUGUGCAUUUUCACUGAGGCUGUAGUGAUUUUCGGAGUCGUAUAUACCUUCCUCAGAAGUGUACUUGAGUCAGUGAAGUGUAAAGGGAAUACUCAAGUAAAUUAGUACAUUGACCAUGUAGCUGGUCCAGAGAAUCAAGGGUGGAUGACUUAACCUCUGACCCUUUGGUCUGAGUCAAAACCAUCUCUGGCCAGUUUAUGGUGUCACUUUAUUACUUGUAAUGUAUUUACACUAUCAUUUACAAGGUCUCCACUUAAGAAAUUGGACGGGUUAAAAAAAACUAUUGCCAACUCAGCCGCCAGACUACUCCAAUGACUGCUGCUGGUUGUAGCAUCCGCAAAUGAAAAAGAAAAACAAAAACUUGUUGUUAAAGAGGGAUUGUCCUGCUGUGGAAGGCAAACUCCUGUGUGCUUCAACUGUUCUAUUUCCAUAUAUAUAUAUAUAUAUUUGCCAUAUUGUGCUCAGUAGCGUUGUUGUUUCCUCUACCAGACGGCCGUUUGACCAGCCUCGCUCCAAAUGCAAUAUGCAUGGCUCACUAAGGUCAAAGGUCAAGCACCUCACUACCAAUCAAAUCCUUCUCACCAUCAUAAGAAUAAUCAAUCUUGUUUUGUUUCCUGUCCUAUGUUUGUUAAUCCAACACCAUUUGGGUGUUUUCUUGUAUUUAUUGCUUUUGUGCCUUUUCGGUGUUUGGUGGCGUCAUUGAUUUCUGUUCUCUCUGUGCUGUUGUGCCAUUGUUUUAAAAGUUCAAUUUAUUCCUAUAUUCUUUUUUUUUUUAUUUUUCUAUUGAAUGUGAUUUUAUUCAGUGUUGAUGUGUUUAGGUUUUGUGUUGUUGGAGUUUGUUGUGUAUUAUUUUUCCCUCCCUUGUGUUUCUUCAUUUGAGUCCGUCCGUGACGUACUGAGAUGUCUGUUAUGAAGGACAUCAACAAUAUUAUGACGUCCGAGGAAGGAAGGAAAAACUCUUAUUUUUCAGAAGGGCUUGUAAUAGGUAUAUUUCCAUAAAUCUAAAUCAAUUUUAACACACCAUUACCACACCUUUGAAUCUAAAUUUUAAAAGUCUCUGUAAAGCUUUGCAGUAAAACAGUCCAGCUUACAUUUGUUUUGUGGAUUUGAGAGGGAGCAUGAUGGAUAAACUGAAUAUUCAAACUUAAGUUGGUGGCUUCCAUCAUGGUAGUGCCUCCUCAUGGGUGCAGUUCCCGAUGGGGACCGCCAUCUGUCCCUCUAUGGUCAUGGACCUCAGUAGGAAACGUGGGAGAAGUAGUUCACCCUUAAACCUCACCCUGGACGGAGGCUUAAAUUUGAAUGAAGGUCAUAUUCGACCAAUUUUGAUUUGAAUAUUUUAACACCGUUUCAGUACUCUGUAGAAGUAUGGAUAGUUAUAAGUGUGUCUUCAUUUGUCUACCAGCGAGCCAUUAGCAGAAUAUACCCAAAAGUGGCUGCGCACUCAGGAGGUAUCUGGAGUCUCAACCAAAUAUUUCUUGGUAGGUAGAGAACGCCCAAAACAUACCACCUAAUGGCUUAUUAAUAACUCUGCUGGUGACUGAUGCUCAGGUUUCCCAUGCACAUACAUGAUACUAUGAAUAUUUAUGGAGCAGCUGACCUACAUAGGCAUGACAAGAGGUUGCGGAACAUAGUCCCGUGUCAUGUUGUCUUCUCCAAACCAUCCCUGUUUUAGUGACUCUCUGUGGUUUGGGCACCAGUCAUGAUGAAAUCAAUACACCUAAUUAUGGGUAAGAGGAGACAGCGCCAUGUCUAACAGGCAAUUGAUCCCAUGUAAGAGGGAUCCAGAACACGGCCUUGCCGGUAACAGAUUCUCUGUAGUCAGCAGAUCUGAUGACGGCUUGCGUGUGUUCAUGAAACUCUAGAACCCAGCUCCUUCCUCCUCUGCCUUUAUUGUUCUGGUCAUGUAACAUAAAACGCUGGGUAAAUAGUCUGGUGGGAGCAUUUUCACUUUUCUUUAUUCCUGGUCAUGUGUGUCUUCCUGGUCCAUCACCGGCUCCUUCUGUUGUUAACGCUCAUUCUCCAUCCCGUCCCCAGGCUGCCACUGCAGUGCAAGUGUAACUAAAGUAUGACUGUAGGAAGGUACGUACCUCUGGAGUGCUGGUUCAGUGUGGCAUCACGUGGCAGCACGCCUCCAAGUGCACAACCUGCGUCGGGGUUGUAAAUGAACUUGAUAGAGUAGAGGGAUGACUGCAGUGGCUUCAGCUCCAUUCUUUUUGUCCUUUCCUUUAGCUAAACCGUUUGGCCACUUGGAAGAGAAGAGAAGGAUACCAUCAUUAUCUCCAUGUUUUCAUUGACAUCCCUGGCAGCUUUUCUCAUCUGACACUUUAUUUUCUUAGCUGUUAACAACUGUUAGCAAGCCAAGUCAUAGAAAUAUUUACUACUAAUAGUUAAGACAUAGAAACUCCAAUAACUGCAUAGAAUGAACAGGGUGUCUAUGCUUCUACCCUCUUUUUUAAAAUUCAUUUCAUUUUUUAACCUGCAUUUUCCAGGCACCAGCUCAAUCUCAAGUGCUCUUGAUGGUGGAGGUUUUGGUUAUGACAUCUCAUUCUCUGUUCCCUUUUGCCUCAUUAAUCUCCAUUUUUUGUGUCCUCAUUGUUUUUCUCACUAAUUAAUCCAAAUUAAUGGAAGCCCCAGCCAAAAUAAAUAAAUGUUACUGAAUUGUCUAGUUCAAAUAUUGUCCGGUGACGUGCAGUAUUUGCUCACUGACAUCUUCCGUCUAUUAUCAGCCACAACAACAACAAAAAGAAAAACCCAAACAUAUCUCAAGCAAACACAGAUAUACAGAUAAGUCGUGUGUUUGUGAUUCUCACUGGUGCCCUUCCCUCUCCCACGUGUGCCCGUCUUUCAAAGCUGACAAAACAUCUGAUGCAACUUGACACAUUUCCACCAAACACUUUGUUGAGCUGGACAUCUUGAAGUGAGGUUGACGUUGAAGGCAGAAAUACCGGAACCUUUUUUGUGACAGGAUGCUGAGGAGAAACCAAAAGAAAGCAUGUCAUCAAUAUUUCACAGUGUGUCCAUCCCGCUAAUGCAGCAGAGCCAGAAUAUGUAAAAAAAAAAAAAAAAAAAAAAGACCUUUAUUUUUGGUAGGCUCAGGUGAAGCAGAGUGGUCAGCGUUAAAAGUCCUGUGAACUUGCUGGAACUCACAGCCAUUCGUGUCUGUUGUCUUGUUUGACACAAACAGAACUUCACUGAUUUUAACAUUUUAAGAGGCCAUAGAAUUGACUGCUGUAUCCUGCGUCAGUGUGAACGAUCGUGAAUUAACUAAGAAACUUGAUGAAAAAGGUCGCAACGUCUGAGCAGCCAUCUUACAGUACUUGGUCAUUGAUUUAGUCAUUAUAUUCAAUGAUAAUCUCUGUAAAAUUCUUCAUCAAAAUAUGCUCCUCCAUUACAUAAAGUGACGCUUUGUGUGAAACGUAUUGAUGAGUGAUGAAUCCUGAAUAGGUUCCUUUUUUAAAUUGAAAUUGUAAUGUGUGAAUUGGUGCUAGCUUCUUCAUUUAAAGUGGGUUUCAAAUGGGCUUUUCUUCUACUCCACGGGUCCAAAUCUCAUGGUGUGUUCACCAUGCGCAUGUCUGGGUUUCCUCCCCCGCCUCUUGCCCCCCAGGGUUGAUGAAUGAAAAUAAAUAAAAGGGAAACUGCUGCAGCUUUGCAGUUGAACUCAUGACCCCUGAUAUGGUCUAUUGCACCGCUGCCAGUUCAAAACUACUAGCAAAUCAAUCCUCUGGCCUCUUAAGCACUGGUCAAACUUCACCCACUCUUGGGUCAGUUCGCCAUUGUUAGGGCAGAUGACUACCUGCCAAUGGUGGCUUCACGGCACUUUAACACUGUGGCUGUUUCCUACUCCAGAUAUGCAUGACGUAACCCCAAACCACAGCGGGAACAGGCACAAGAAAUGGACUUCAAAUUCCAUUCUGAAUCAGUUGAAUUGUUUUAUAAGACAGCGGCCGAACAGCAAACGAUUGUGUCAUUUCCCGCUGCAGUGAUAUGCGCUUAGCAAAGUGAGAUUUUAGGAGUAAUGGUGGGCCAUUUGAAGUUUGAACGGAUCGAAUACAAACAUUCUUGGAGACCAAAACUUCCCAUGGUCAACUCUUACGCCGCAGCUAAUGUCAGAUCAGGUCCUGCCGUUUGUUUGGCCAUGACUUGUCUAAAACACCUCAACAUCGAUUCCUCACAUGUUCGGUGCUUUAUUCAAUUGGCCUAUUCUAAUGAACAGUUAUGUGUGAUCAAUUCUGCAAUUCUGUUUUGGAAAAAAAAUACGCAUUGUAACUCUCAUUUUCUUUGUCUUGUCUGUCUGUCUUGUCUUUCUGUCCAUGUCUGUCCUUUAUGUCCUCAUUAUUUCUGAAAUGUCUUUGUUAACUCAUGCGCUUCUUUUCUUUCCUUUUUUUUUCCAAUUAUUCUUUGCUAAUCUUUCAAUUCCGCAUUGACUGAAAUGCAACGU